CCCAAAAAUUUCAUCUCGAGAAGAAACAGAUGAGAUGAGAUAAGAUACUGUUAAUUCACAACAAACACGACGGAUCAAAAUCAUCUCUCAGCCGUAGCCAUAUCCAUAGACAUCUCCUUCUCUCCUGAAUUCAAUUCCCUUCACCAUCUUCAACCAUGCUAUCUCUUUCUGCAAAUGCUCUAAAACCCAUCACCACCUUCAACCACUCCAAUUCUUCCUCCGCCUUCCUUAACCCACACCCGCUCUUCCUCAUCCUCCACCCGCGCAAUUCCACCCUUAAAACUAAAACCUCCGCAAAACCCACCAUCUCCGCCAGUCUAAUCCCGGCCAACCCUCCGCCGAAGAACCUACAGCCGUACCAGCCCUUCCGCCCGCCGCCGUCUCCUCUCCCCGCCAAGUACAGCUCCCUCGAUGCCGCCGCCCGCCUCGAAGUCCUCUCCAGCAGGGCCGGGCUCUGGUACGAGUACGCCCCGCUCAUCACCUCCCUCAUCCGCGAAGGAUACGCCCCUUCCUCCAUCGAGGAAGUCACCGGAAUCUCCGGCGUCGAGCAGAACCGACUCGUGGUCGGAGCUCAGGUUCGCGAUUCCCUCAUCGAGUCCAAAACCGGGCCCGAACUCAUCUCCCACUUCGAGACCGGCGGCGCCGAGCUGCUCUACGAGAUCCGCCUCCUCAGCACCACGCAGCGGGCCGCUGCCGCACAUUACAUCAUCCAGAACCGCUUCGAUGCCGGGGGAGCGGAGGAUCUCGCCCGUUCGAUGAAGGAUUUCCCGAGGCGGCGAGGGGAAAAGGGUUGGGAGAAUUUCGAUUAUAACCUCCCUGGGGACUGCUUGGCUUUCUUGUACUUCAGGCAGGCCAAGGAGCACAAGAACCCGUCGGACGCAAGAACUGCCUCCUUGCAAUCGGCUCUGGAAGCGGCGGAAUCUGAGAAGGCGAAACAGGCAGUGUUGAGGGAAAUGGAAGGGGACACUAGUGCUGGCAAAGGAGACAAACAAGAAGCAGCCAUUGAUGGGGUUCGUGUCCCGGUCGUGAGGAUGAAAACAGGGGAAGUUGCAGAAUCGACUACCGUGGUGGUUCUGCCGGUUUGCAGAGCAGAAGGGAGGGAUAAGGAAAUCGUUGAAGCGCCAUGGGUAAGCAAAGCCGGGGGCGAAUUCGGGGUGGUGGAAGCGGAUAAAGGUUGGGGGAGAUGGAUUGUUCUGCCUGGAUGGGAGCCGGUUGCUAUUUUAGGGGAAGGUGGAGUUGUUGUAUCGUUUCCUGAUGCCAGAGCUCUGCCUUGGAGAGUGAAUAGAUGGUACAAGGAAGAAGCCAUUUUAGUUGUGGCUGAUAGGGCGAGAAAGGGUGUGGAAGUAGAUGAUGGGUUUUACUUGGUUGCAGUUGAUGAUUCUGGGGAUGGCAGGGGUAGUGGGUUGAAGGUGGAGAAAGGAUCGGCAUUGAAGCAGAGAGGAGUUGGGGAGAGCUUGGGAACUGUGGUCUUGGUGGUUAGGCCACCUAAAGAAGAUACCGAGGAUCAAAUGCUUGAGGAUGAUGAUUAGGAAUGCAGAGACGGAAAACGGCUGUAUCGUAAUUUUGGUUUGAAUAAUGAGUUGUUUGUAUUUGUUAUGUUGCUCUCCAGAAGCAGAUUUGAUUACAUAUGAUUAUCUAGAAGUCGUAGAAUACACACAUUACAGACUUCAUUUCUAUCCAUGGAUUUGAUCAUCGAGAUUUCUCGUCAAGAACCAGUUCAUGUUUAGAUAUCAACAGCAAUGCACAUUACACAUCAACAUGUAUAUUGAAGUUUCGAAAGUGAUCCAGAGACCACCAAUGGAAAAACAAUGAUUGUUGGAAAGAAAACAAUGAAGCACACAUCUCAUUCAUCAAAUUUCCUCGUCUCGUGAAACUUAAGACUUUCUCAACGAUCUUAGUUGUUAUGAUCAAAGAAGUUUCGCCAAUAGAAACAGUUCCUGAAG